AAAUAAUAAAGGCAUGAUGGGCAUGAGAAAUGCAGUAGAUAAGUUGGGAUAUAACAGAGUGAAAGAAAAAGAAAUAGAAGUGAAAAAUGAUAGUAUUGAUGAUGGAAAGAAUAUUCAAUUAUAUAAUAGGCUUGCUGAAGAACUUGUAGAGAAUUAUGAGAAUAUAGAGAUUAGUUUUGUAGAGAUUGUUGAGAA